AUGUUCCUCCUUGUCCUCAUGCUUGCAUUGGUUUCCUCAUCCCAAUAUGGUUAUUCUUCUUCAGUAACUUUGCCUUCUUUUUCUGCCAAUGCUGAGAAUGAAGUAGCACAAGGGAAGGAAGCAAAGGCUCUUCUAAAAUGGAAAGCCAGCCUUGAAGUAAAGAACCAGCCUCUCUUCUCUUCUUGGAGUGGAAGCAACCCUUGCAAUUGGACCGGAAUAAGUUGCGAAAAGUCUGGAAGUGCUGUCACCUUUUUAAAUCUUUCAAGUUAUGGUGUCAAAGGUACGCUUCACAAUCUCAGCUUUGUAUCCUUUCCCAAUUUACUCGGUCUUGACCUCUCUAACAACUCACUCCAUGGAACCAUUCCCUCAAACAUUGUCAACCUCUCUAAACUCUCCCAUCUUGACUUUUCGGCCAAUCAAUUCACCGGAACAAUCCCAUUUGAAAUAGGCCUGCUAGGUUCUCUGAGUAAACUUGAUUUGUCAUCUAACAAUCUUACAGGUUAUAUCCCUACUUCUCUGGGAAACCUGAGCAAUUUAAACAUUUUGAAACUUGCUAAGAAUAAUCUUUCUGGUCCCAUACCUCAACAAUUAGGAAUGUUAAGUUCUCUGAGUGAACUUCUUUUACAUACAAACAAGCUCACGGGUUCUAUCCCUUCUUCUCUUGGAAACUUAACAAGACUCACCAUGCUAGUGCUUUGUGAAAAUCAAUUGUCUGGCUCUAUUCCUCCAUCAUUGGGAAAACUUAAACACCUCACUGCUUUAGGAUUUUUCUCAAAUAAACUUGUAGGCACCAUUCCCCCUGAAAUAAACAGUCUUACACAUUUGAAAUUUCUUCAACUAUCUUACAACCAAUUCACCGGUCAUUUACCAGAAAAUAUAUGCCUUGGUGGAUCGCUUGAAAAUUUAACCGCUAGCGGCAAUCAUUUCACUGGUCAAAUACCAAAGAGCUUGAGAAAUUGCACUAGCUUGAUAAGGUUUAGGCUUGAUAACAACAAAUUUAUAGGAAAUAUAGAAAAUGAUUUGGGCAUAUAUCCACGUUUGGACUAUAUGAAUUUGAGCAACAACAGAUUUCGCGGUGAGCUUCCAAGGAAUUGGGGACAGUUUCAUAGCCUAACAAACCUAGAUAUAUCUAACAAUGAUAUUUCGGGUAGGAUACCUCCUGAGCUUGGGGAUGCAAUUCAAUUACAUGCAAUUGACCUCUCCUCAAAUCAUUUUAAUGGGGAGAUUCCAAAGGAGUUUGGAAAGCUGACAUCAUUGCUAACACUUCAUCUAGACAAUAACAAACUUUCUGGCAAAAUUCCUCAUAGUAUUGGAAUGCUAUCCAAACUAGAGAAGCUCAACCUGGCAGCUAACAAUCUAAGUGGCCCAAUUCCUGAAUUGAUUCAAUAUCAAAACCUAUUGUUCUUAAAUUUGAGCAAAAACAAAUUCAGUGAACACAUUCCACUUCAAAUUGGUAAUUUGCGCUACCUCCAACUUCUUGAUCUGAGUCAUAAUUGUCUAACGGGGGAGAUGCCACGACAGCUUGGGCAAUUACAAGUCUUAGUAACUCUAAAUCUUUCCCACAACAAGCUUUCAGGGCUCAUUCCACCCACUUUUGAUAGAUUGUCCAGCUUGAUGUCUGUUGACUUGUCCUACAAUCAAUUGGAGGGUCCUCUUCCAAACAUUGCAGCAUUUGGCAUCAAAGGAUCAAUGGACGCAUAUAGAAAUAACACAGGCUUGUGUGGCAACGUCACUGGCUUGAAGGCUUGCCCCUCUAAAGUUAAUAUUGUCCCGGUUAAGAAGGGCAAUAAGGUUGUGAUAAUGAUUUCAGUCCUUGCCGCGAGCAUUGUCAUAUUCAUUGUUGUUGGAAUUUCAUUAAUUUUCUUUCGAAGACUUCGGAAAGUGCAAAACAAGCCAAGAGAAGCACAAAAGCAUGAUCCAUUUGCGGUGUGGAGCUUUGAUGGAAAAAUGGUGUAUGAAAACAUCAUUGAAGCCACGAAUGAUUUUGAUGAUAAACAGUGUAUUGGAGUGGGCGGCUAUGGAAGCGUUUAUAGAGCUGAGUUACCAACAAGUCAAGUUGUUGCUGUUAAGAAACUUCAUGGACUACGUGAUGACAACAUUGCCAAUCUAAAGUCUUUCACAAGUGAGAUACAUGCUUUAACAGAAAUUCGCCACCGUAACAUUGUGAAGCUUCAUGGUUUUUGUUCGCAUCAACGACACUCAUUUUUGGUUUAUGAGUUCCUGGAAGGUGGGAGCCUAUGGAACAUACUAAACACUGAGGAACAAGCAAUGAAAUUUGAUUGGCUAAAGAGGAUAAAUGUUGUUAAAGGUAUAGCAAGCGCUUUGUCUUAUAUGCACUACGGAUGCUCACCUCCUAUAAUUCAUCGUGAUAUAUCCACUAAGAAUGUUCUACUAGAUUCAGAAUAUGAGCCUCAUAUCUCUGACUUUGGCACGGCGAGGAUCUUGAGACCUGACACAUCCAAUUGGACUUCAUUUGCUGGCACCUUUGGAUAUGCCGCUCCAGAGCUUGCAUACACAAUGGAAGUUAAUGACAAAUGUGAUGUAUAUAGCUUUGGAGUAGUCACACUGGAAGUAAUUAUGGGAAGGCAUCCAAGUGAUAUCAUCUUGAUCUCUCUUUUGUCUGCAUCUUUGUCAUCAUUAACAUCAACAAACCCCCAUCAUAUGCUACUGAAAGAUAUGUUGGACCAACGCAUAACACUUCCUACAUAUGAAGUUGCAGAAGAAGUGGUUUUUAUGGCAAAGAUAGCACUUGCAUGCUUGCAUGUCAGUCCACACUCUCGUCCAACCAUGCAACAAGUUUUACACAAGUUAUCGGCUCAAAAAUAUCCUAUUAAUCCUUUACCAACCCCUUAACACAUGAUCACAUUAGGAGAGCUAAUUAACCCCAACAGUUCGUCCACAUAACUUCUUGAAUAUAUUUACUGUACCACACUUAA